UAUGCAUUCAACUUUAAACUUCAAGAAGCCAGCCAAUUCUCCUUGUGAUUUUCAAAAAGAGAGCAAAUAUGAAAGCUCUGGCGUUUUUGAUGUGUUUGCUGGGCUCUUCAAUAGCUGCCCCUGCCCCUGACAGUGGCAGCAGUGAGCAGGCUAUUAAUGGUCAUGCUAACACAGCUCUACAGUUGAUGGAACUCUACAGAAUGUUUGGACAUCUGCAGCAACAGGUCAGUUCAGCAGCACCUGCAGCACCCGCACCUGUUAAUGCCCAGUCUCAAGUUUCACCUCAAGCACCACAGCAGGGCUAUUUUCUCAACCCUGCUCUUUUCGCACCCAGAGGAGAUGAAUCAGAUGAGGAAGGAGCUCCACAGUUUCGUGGGUUUUACCCUCCCUACGGCUCCCAGCCUGCCCAGCCGGCUGCUCCGUUGAACUCAGAUGAGGCCGAAGGGGCAGAAGAAGCAGAAGUAGUUGAAGCUGGUGCUGAACCUGAACCUGCUGGAACCGCUGCAACUGUUGAUGUUACUGCCGUAAAUGAGAUCGCACCCGUGGAUGUUGCCAUAGAGGUUACUGCUGAACCUGUUAUUGCUGCUGCUGUUCCGUCUCUCAUCCCUGAGGUACCAGCAGUCGCUGUGGAAAUCGACACCACUUUGGUGGGGCCUGAUGCUACUGCUGGUGCAGAACAGGUGUUGGUGGCUGAUGCUCCUGAUGCUGCUCUGCUAGUGCAGUGAUAGAGAUGAUCACAAGCCGCACUCCC